AAGAGAACAUGCCACCGUGAUGUUGUUUAAAUAUCAGUUUCUACUCAUUCAUGGAAUUUCACAGUUGUUAUUAUCCAGAUGUACGUGGUUUUUUGACAAGUAAGCUCCUAACCUUUAUCGAUAGCUGUUUCUCCUCUCCAAAUAGUUAUUUAGUAGAAAAAAAUUCAAUUUGAUGGGAUACAGGUUUCAGUCGCACAAAAAAAUAAACCUUUUGAAACAAACUCUUGUGGAAAAUACAAUUAUCAUUAUCAUUUGAUUACCUGUCCUCGGCUGGUAGGUCUUUCGGUCAGUUAGUUAAUCAUUCAGUGAUUGAUUGUAUGCGGUUUUUACAUUUAUCAAUUUUUUUCAACUAGACCUUGUGUUCUUGUUUCUAGUGGAGACCCAAACUUUUUGCAACUUUCUAAAUCCCGUAAAUUUUUUACCAAUACUGGAAAAGUUGUUGAGAUAUCAAAUGGUUCCAUGGAGGCAUUCAAAGACUUGCUCAGAAAAGACAAGAUUACUUUUGUACUAUUUUAUGCACCCUGGUGUAGUCAGUCAUGGAUUGCAGCCAAAGAGUUCAAUAAUACUGCUGAAGUACUUUAUAGAGAGGUAAGCUGUCUGUUCAGGAAGUAUUUAUUUGCCUACAAGCCGAUCCCAUCUAUAAGUCAAGACCCAAAACUUUUAGCUUUGAGAAACUGUUGGAUUCUAGUGAAAAGUAAACCAUAAACUUGUAGCUAUGAAUGGAGACCAAAACUUUUAUUGAAAUAUUGUGAAGCCCUCCACGCACAUUGUAAAGUGAGAUGAUUAAACAUAACCAUAAAUCAUAAUCAAACAAAAAUUAGCAUCUUCCCACUCGGGAAACACUCGCAUGCAACUGUUAAGAAGUUUCUGAAUAAACAUAUCAAUUAAAUCACAUGUACAUGUUGUUGUUUUUUUUUUUAAUUGAAAACAACAGCAAAGAGAAAAUUUGAAUUUAAUGUGAUCUAAUUUUACUUGUUAGGAGUAAAUAAAUGUGACCACUUGUGCAACAGUUCAUCAAACAUUGAGGCAUCAUUAAUAGUCACGCAAAUAUACAUUCAAUUUACUGUAUUCUUUUGGCAGAAGCUCUCCAGUCAAGUUGAAAUUUGACUAGUUCUCAAUUUACUUUACUUUGGAAAAAUUGUUCGGCUCAUAGGCAAUUAAUUACACUAGCCUUCACAGGACACCAACCUUCAGUUGAGACAUACAGAACAAUUUGUAUGUUUCAUAGAGGUACUGUUGUACUUAGAUUGAAGUAAGUAACAAUUUAUUUAAAAAACACCCUUGCCUUGUCAACUAAGUCAAUUUCUACAAGGGGGAUAUGAGUAUAGGUACUCAAUUUAAAAUCUAAACAACUACAUUUUUAAGAAGUAUGUUGAAAUGUUAAAAUAACUAAUCAUGAAAUAAUCUAUUCAACAAUAUUCCUACUCUAUGAUUUAGCUAUCUCAGAUAAUGAGAAGAUGUGAGAGUUAAUUCGGAUUUUAAAUGAUGAUGGAUAUUCACUAAAUGGAUUGUCUUCAGAAAUGAAUUCCAUAGUUUAGUACCACUUUAAGAAAAGAUUUUUUUUAUUUGUGCUUUUUUAUUGUUGUACUGAUUGAACAGCAUUAUUAUAAAGUUUCAAGCUAGCAAAAAGAGCAGAAAGCUGUUCUUGUAAUUGUACAACCUUUUUCAAUGGUGAAUUGACACAAAUGUUAUUGAGAAACUUAUGUAAGAUCAAGAAGACCUAUAAGUCAGGGCAUAUGGAGAAAGCAACUUUUAAAAGUUCUUUCAGAAAUGAAUUGUCCUAACUCUUAUAUUGCAUUAUUGAUUUACUUCUAAACAUUGUCUUAUGCAGCAAUUCAUUCAUCUCCAAACUUCUUUAAUUGGCCUCUAGUAGCUUUUUUAGAAGUCUCUUUACUAAUGUUUAGGUCUCUCUCUUUUCCAUUUCUUUCCUAAGGUCCUCAUUAUUUUUUAUGGGAAUUAAAUGCAGUUUUGUAUUGGAUACAUUGUUCUUCGUAAACCUUUUUACUCAAUUAAGAUAUUAAAUUUCUUUGAUGCUAAAGACUUAUCUAAGAAAUUUGUUUAAAUUAACCCAAUUAGCACUUUUAUAUUUGGGUAUGGCAAUAUUUAAUCAUGAAAUUGAAAUAUUUUUUGUAGUAAGAGUAAAAUUAGCUACAUGUAAAAAAACAGAGAAGUCCUUUGACCUACAUUUUUUGGUGUAAACCACAGGGCCUAAAAAGUGCCAGUAGUAACUAUCAUUUAUCUACAGGUAUCCUUCAUCGCCAUUAAUUGCUGGUUAGGCACUUGUUCUCUACAUCAUAAACUGGAUUUGUAUCCAAAAUUAGUAGCAAUCCACUCACACUUUGAUGGAGUGGAGUACAAAGGAGUACACAAAACAUUCAGAAUGGUGAGUAAUACUCAAUUAUGUGAUUAUGCUUUAAGUGCCACUCCUGAUCAGUGAUCAGGUGACAUUAGUUUGUGUUACUAUUACUUUGUAACAUAAAUUUAAUUCCUGUUGCAGUCUCGCAAAGGCUUAAUUUACUGAAAGCAAGUCUAACAAGGAAAUCUUCUUCAGAAAUAGCUAAUCCAAUGACCUUUUUAAAAGAAUGUUUUUGAUUUAGUGAUCACUUUAGGAAUUAAAGAAAACAUAGGCAUAGGCAUUAUGCAUUAGUUAUUUUUAAUUUCCAAGAAUUACCAGAAGAAGAUACAGACUUUUUCUGACGUAAAGUGGGUCUUGCCAGGGCAAUUUAUUCACAAAUUGCGCCAUUUUAUGCUUCAAAUCCCAUCUUUUUCCCGGCCAAUGAGAAAACUUAACUACAACACUACAACCAGUCAAAUGUCAAGGCUUGUUUUAGGAAAUCAAUCAAAUUGCAAGGAAAUGAGAGGCAACUUUUGAAACUUUUAACAAACCAGCUCAAUAUACUGGAUCAAUAAAAUACUUACACAUACUAAAAUAAACUUGUAUUAAGUAACUGUAUUUUGCUAUUUCAAAAUUCAUGUGAUGAAGUGGUAACUGAACUGAGUGGAGUGCAAUUUGGUCUGAGAUCAUACAAGUGAUUUGAAAUCAUGCGCAUGAUUUCAGACCUAAUAAUACACAUGCAAAAAUUUCAGCACACUCAUUGGUUGAGAGCAUGUCAAUUAAUCCUAACCAGUGCAGAAAGUUGAAAUUGAGUGCAGAAAGGUGAAAUUGAAUUGAUUGACAGUCGUGAAAGUGCAAUUAAUCAAAAUGGAGGACAACACAAGUGAGGAGAAAGGAACCUUUCAAUUCAGAGUUUAAGGGAGAAUACUAAGUACAAAAACACCCAACAAAGGAAAAACAACUGGUUUAAAGUCUGGCUUCCAAACAAGGAUAUGGAAGAAUGGACCAGAGCCCCUGAAUAUAAUUUUCAAAGAGUUUACAUAACAGUUCAUACAAAAGAGGAGAAGAUUACAAGCGUAAUAGUUUUCAUGUGGUUAUUGCUAUUGACCAAUAUCUAUCAGCCCUACAGGUUUGUGCAAUUUGGUGAGCCUUUUAAAAAUUUACUUGUGCAGAUUUAUCCCAAAUUGCACUCAAAAUCAUAUGAUUACCUAUACAAAUUGUUCUCUACUCAGUUUAAUAAUUAAAUCUGAUAUAAUUACAAAUUGUCUGGUAUGCUUGAGACUUUUUAUUUGAUCUUUAGGCUGGAAACUUUGCCCAAAUGAGAGAGGGUCACAAAGUAGGAAAUUGAGUAUGACAUCAUGCUCAGUUUUACCCUUACUCAACUCAGUGGCCAAGGCUUGGAAUAUUGUUCAAUUUUUGUAUUCAUCCCUUAAACUGGAUUGAGCUGAAUGAUGCCGUUUGGCUGGAAAAUACUAGGAAUCUGGCUGCCAAUUUUUCAAACAAAACAAUCUGUACAUUUACUUAGCGGUGUUCUGAUAUCCAUGCAAUACCAUCCCUUAAUAAUUUGAUUAAUUGAAACAUCUUUAUUACAGGUUGCAUUUCUUCAAUCUGUGAUCAGACCAUUUAUGUACAUAGGUACCAAAGCAGAACUUACUUUGGCAAAGCAGAGCCAGGUGAUAUAUGAAUAAUAACUCAGCCUGCAUGACUUGUGUAGAAAGGAGUAUUGGAAAGGGGAAAGUUAAAAUUUGUGCAGGAGGGGGGAGUGAAUACCAUCAGAAUCAUUCAAACCAUCUUUUUUCAAAGAACUUUAUCUUCAGUGUUUGGCUAGGAGUGUUUUUCUUGAGGUAGCAAUCAGUUUGCUGACCAGGGGAAAAGCAAUGAAGAUAUGAAAUUAAAUGUUGCUGUAAUGUUCAAACACCCCCAAAGAGAACAUUUCUGAGUGCUCGCUGUGUGGGUUGACAAAAGACCUCAUAAGGGUCUAAAGCCCCCCUCCCCCCUUCCCUUUCAUUGAAGUCUCUUAGUUUCAGUUCUUAGUUUGGGUAUAGUGAGCCAGUUUUAAUAAAUGCAUUGAGUUCUUUGAUUCUGAAACACUUUUGUAUAACUAACAAAUAACUAUUUCUAUCAAGGAGCUUGUCAUAGCUUAUUUCAACCAGACUGCACUAGACAGUGCACGAUACAGUAUAUUCUUCAGUUUGACAUUGCAGUUUGUUGCAAAAGGUGUGUUUGGAUAGACUGAUGUUACUUCUGUAUCAAUCUUUUGGUAGGAAGCUGUGUAAUAUAUACUGUUAAGUAGCUUCAGCCAAGUCAUCUGCCAUUUCAAAUUGCUCUCAUAGCCUAUAGAAUAAGUCCAGUGUUAUUAAUAAUAUUGUGAAAUGUAGAUUACCUGAUCAAUUUUGUUUACUGUGUACUUUUGCUACAUCACCCUCUAAAGUUUUGUCACUCUGUUUUAAAUAGCCAGCCUCCAUUAAUAAGUGGUCAUCAAAGCACUUACCUUUGUAAAAUGUUUGAUUGUAGCCAAUUUUUCAUAGAGUAGUAUUAUCACACACAACCUCUCUGAUAUUGGUAAUAGAAUGAGAAGUUAUUAUUUAAAUACAGUAUUUUUACUUGUUUUUCACUCAUCUGAUACGUAACUGCAGUGUAACUGGCUUACUUCUUAAGCUUUUACAUGGCAACAAUACAGGGGAAAACCUUCAUAUAGGAAAAAUGGUCACCUAAGAUGUUAUGUUGUUGUAAUUUCUAGAGUCCAAGCCUUUGUUCCUUGUUUUGACAAAUGGCAAGCUUGCUUCUGAUGCAGAAGCUGAUAACAGUGGAGUGUCUUACCAUUGUCUUAACAAGGCUGUUAUAGUAAGUUUGAUACAUAACUAAGUAAGAUAUGGGGAGUUCUCAAGUCAACUUUAAUAAGGUGGAAUAUACUGUUUAGGCAGUUAUUUUGUUGUUGUUGUUAUUUCCCUUUUCCCACAUAAUGACAUUGUUUUAUGGAGCUUGGUUAUGGUGUAGGAGGACAUUGCAAAAUAAUGAGAUAGUAAUUUACACUAAGUCUAGACUUGCACAAGGGAAAUGGUAGCAUUUAAAAUGGAAGAAAGAAAAAAGGAAGAAGAAGGAAAAAAACCAUCAAAAACAAUAAAGUACAACUGAAAAGGAACAUGUCUAAAUUUAAUUGUUGUGAAAUUGACUCAUUGUGUUGGCAAAGUAUGUUUUAUUUUAUCACACAACAGCUUUCCAAUUGUUAAAGAACAUUUUUAAAAAUCCUAAACAUUUUUUGUUAGCUCCUAAAAUUAUCAAAAUAAGGAAACAUUAGUUUCAAAGGUAUGUGAAAUUGAACUGUUUCUAAUUUUUUUCUCAUGUCACACUAUUCUUUACCAAUAUCAGAAAUAUCCAUCAAAUUACAACUUCUCACAAGAGAACCUCACCAACUGGAUUAAUGCAAACAGAUGUGAGGUAAGAAGAACAUGCAUCCUGAAUCCCUACAAUCUCAAACUACAAGGUACCCUUUUCCAAGUGUUCAGUUAGUAACACAAAGCACAAUAUUAAAUGGUGUGAUAAUAGUGAAGGAGCAGAAGAUCAGGGCAGGUUGGGUUGGGCCGGGUCAAGAAACCAAACCUCCCAUGCAUUGUCAAUCUGCCACUACUAUCACACCAAUUAACAUAUCACUCUGUUUUACUGCCUGGAUGUCAGGAACAGGCUAAUGAUCAAAAUGACAGAAUGUUGAUAGGCUAAUGAAACAAGAACCACAUUUUUAGCAAAUACAGCUAUUGAGUGGUACUUCUGUAACACUAUUUGCAUUUGUUGCACAUAAGAUUCUUCAAACAUCAGAAGAAAGGCGAAUGCAAAUGAAGAUUGUUUUUGCGCCUCCAUUUUUUGGUUAGGGUUCUGGAAUCUUUUAAAAGAAAAUGAUUCAUAAUCCCACCAGUGAAAGUCUCUCUACCAACCUAAAGAGAUAGUUUUUCAAUAUACUCAGUCUGCAGGGGUAAUAUGGAGCCUUUUCCUGUGAGAAAAGUUUUCAUAAUGCUACAAAAAAUUUCAGAAAUUUCUUCACUUUGCUCUCUUUUCCUCCACAGCUUGUGGUUCAACUUACCCCUACUACAGCUUCAAAAAAGAGUCUUAUGCAUCAUCUCAGUAAAGGAUCGGCUCUUAUUCUAUUUAUACCAAUGAAACUUAACAUGAACACAAGUAAUGUGCAUCUACUACACACAGUAGGUUAUUUUUAUUUAUCCCCUAUGAACUGGCACUUUUUUGCCAAAGAAGCUUAACAAUGAAUAGCCCACCAGGCUCUUGCAGUCCACAGUACUAAUCACUUUCAGCGACUGACUUUGGAUCACUAAUUAAGAAUACCCUCCAUUCAAUAGAUCUCAAUAAUAUACCAGCACCAUUUUAGCAACUUAUAAAUGACGGGUACACAACAAACAAACCUAACAGAACAAACUUACAUUACUAAUGGAUUGACAUAGUAAUCACAAUGGACUUAACGUUUCAUUGAUAAUUUUGUUUUAUCAACUGAGUUGCUAAUGUGACUUUGCCAUCAUGGGGGUAGGGGUAUUUUAAGCAGAGGUUUUGAGUGUUAGCCCAUUGUCAGAGCUAAUAGAGGUACUGUGGGUUGUGUAUGGUUAUAUAUCAAAAGAUGGAGCUACACUAUUGGGACAUGUACUAUGAACUAAUUUUAAAAUGGUGUAGCCAUGGGUACCAAAAUGGGACCCACCAACACCAUUCUUUUUGCCUUUUAUAAAAUUUGUGUGCUAGAAGGGAAAUUUUGUUUGUGCUUAUGGUUUUGGUGAUUGUAUUUUUUUUAAUUACAGUAUAGUCAUGCAGCAAGUCAGUAUUAUAAUGGCUCAUGUGACUUUGUUGCAUGUAACUCAAAUAGCUCUUCUGAACAUUCUGAAGAAGCCAUUAGAAUAUACAGCACUGCAGAAGAAUCAAUACAGUUAAAUGUGGACCAACUAACUGCAAGAAAUGCACACCAUAGAGGGCCAUUCACUGCUAACAGUAUAGGCCAAGGAAAAUUCAAUGUUGUCAGAACACCACAUCAGCGGCUAUAUUGGAAUUGCCAGUCACUUAAAGUUAAAAAACCGGGUCACCCCAUACAAAGCAAGAGCUUUAGUAUCUGUAAUUUAUGCCAUACAUGUCUUGAGCAUGGCCUUUGUUUAGAAAGGAGCAUCUUCAGACCACCAUUUUCUGUUAAAGAUCAUACUCUGUCAUCAUUACCCUCUUUUGGUUAUGGCUGCACCUCUUUUAGGCACCACUACUUUGUACAUUUUGUUACAAGCAUCUGCUGCACUCCCAAGAUGGGAGAAACUACUGAAGAUGUGUCAUACCUUAGACAAAGCGAGUUUCCACAGCAAACGUUACAAACACAAAUAGAUAAUAGUGUGAGUGGUAUUGUUGAGGAGUUAGUGAAUUCUGUUACCCCAAAAUCGAAAAGAUCUUCUACAAAAGGUGUUUAUCAUCAGUUGAUUAAACAGGAUAGCUCAUUAACUGAUAUUCAUGAGGAAAUGGGAAGAAAUGUCUUCCCACUGUCUUCAUUUAUGGAAAGGAGCUGUGAUUCCUUUCAUGACAACUGUGGACCAACAGACCUAAUAAGCAAGUUCGCUGGGGCAGGAUGCACUAGCAACCGAUCAGUAAAUUUUUUUCUUGUGGAUUCCAUUGAGCACUGGACAGUUGCUGAAAGACUUGGUGUUAGCUGGACUUCUGAGGAAAAGAUUGCUUUAGUCAUCGCUGAUUUCAAGGUAAUACAAAUUCUUAAAUGGUGGCUUUGUUCCUUGUUUCCUCCAACUCCAGACAGUGAGCACCCCUAUCAUGAUGUGCUGAAGCAAAUCUUCAUUUUUAUGAUACUCUUGAAUUGUUAAUUCAGCCAAUUUUCUGAUUAUCAGCCAGAAGUGGAUAACAAUGAAUAUACGACAAUAAACUCCUGUGAUAGAUUUUUGGUGGUUAAUGUUUAAAAGGAUAGCCCUUCUCUAGAACACUUUUCUUGGGCAAAGGGCUGAUGCAUGAAACUAAAGCUUUUGAAAAAAAUUGGUAUGGUUAUCUAGUAAGCUGUUAUCAAUUUCUGAUUGAUAAUCAGUUUAGUUCUUUAACUGUCUGCUUAAGCAGCUCAAUAGUUCUUUUAGAAACUGAUAACUUUGCACAAACUAGCAGUUUGCAGCAUUCAGUUACAGCUUAAGAGUACAUUGUCUACUUCUGGUUAUUUGAUCCUUUUUACCACCUAAUCGGUCCAAUUAUCAAAGGACUUUGACUGUUAGAUUCCUAAAUUCUGAAGCAAUUAAAGGUAGCCUUUGGCUCUGCUCUGGUGUGUUUUAUUGUCCAAAUUUUUUUUGCAUUAACCACAAUUGUGUUUAAACUUGUUACCUCUUUUAGAGCAACGUUCAGUUUGUCCUGGAUAAGAACUUGGAAAUCACGAAUUCCUCAAUUGGUAAAUACAUUUCGUUUCAAUAGCUUUUUACACUGCAAAAUUAUUUUUAUAUCUGUAGCAAAUUCUACAUUCUGAAAUAUCGUUAGAGGACUGUUUGUCUAUUGCCCAUAUUGUUUAACUUUUCUGUGGGAAAUGUAACUGAUUCUAGUAUUGCACAAGAAGGUUGCAGCUGUGCCUGUAUUACCAGCAAGAAGCCCUAACAGUGGCUGGAUCGGCUGCCUCUUGAUGAUUGUGUUAGCACAUUGACUCUUAACUGCUUGAUUCCGGGAAGGCUCAGAGGAAUUAAAGAUUUUAGUGUCACCUGUAAAUGUUUGAGAUUUAUUUCUGCAUUUCAAGUGAGGAUGAACUAGGUUUACCUCAGUCAGGUGUAGUUUGUUUCAAUAUUUGUGUAUUUGUUUCAGUUGCCCAUUGUUUGCCAGGGGAAAAAAGCAGUUAGUAUAACCUUAAAAUACAAUAUAAUACAAUAGUUUAUUGACACUACCCUGGUAGGGCUUUUCAGUGACAAUGAGAGACAACUACCGUAAACUAAUUAAGGUGAAAGAAGAGGUUUACAAUUCAAUUAAACUGAAGGGAAACAACCUUCGACAGUAAAACCCAUUAUUGAGCUCUGUGUUUCCCUCACUGCACUUUGCAAAUGACUAAUGUGAACCAUUUAGAAAAUCACACAAAUACUUCUCUUUGCAGUUGAGUUUAUCAUGGCCUAUAUGGCGGGAAAUCUAACAAGACAUUUAAGAUCUGCUAGUGUUACCUCUCGUAGCUGUCCACAAUCACAAGCCUGCGUAGUUGAGGUUGUGGCAUCAAAUUUUGAUGAAGUGGUGUUGGAUGAAACCAAGGUUGGUUGAGUAUAAGGAAAAGUAAUGUUCAUCUAAGUUGAAUGAAAGAUUUGUCAAGAUGUGACAAAGCUAUUUUUAAUGACAUGAAGGUGAAGAUCCAUCGCCUUUUAAGAAUUACUGAUUGUACACAACUGAAUGCUGUUAACAGAAAUAUUUAACUUUUUAUGGACUUCUAAAGAGUUGUAUCCCCUCCAAUGUUCCUUUGUUCCUCUACUCAUGAUACACUUAGUCAAAAGAAGUUUUAAUGACCCCUUUCUUCAUGAGUGAACCAAACCAAAAUUUUCACUGAAAUAAAUUUCAUUUGACUUGUGGAUGACCCAUGGUGAAUGAAAAUGCCACUUUUUGGACCGGUUUAUUCAUUUAUUUAUAUAUAUAUUUUUUUUUUUUAAUCUCAAAUUGCAACAGGUGUCAUAAUUUCACAUUUACUCUUCUCACAAUGAUGAUGUUGAAAAUUGUAUAGUUUCUGAAUCAUCCUUCUUUCAAACGUAUGUGGCAGGACGUUUUUUUAUUAUACUAUUCUCCAUGGUGUGGUUAUUGUCAAGCACUGGGGCCAGUUUUACUGACUGUGGCAAGAUUUUUCAAGAAGCUAACAGGUGUUACCAUUGCAAGGUAUAGUUUUGUGCCACAAUCACAUAAAGGUCUCCCAUCUAUUAAGUGAUUUUAUAUGAGCCUCUCUAUGAGUUUGGUUUGUUUUGUGGUGGCCAUGUUGGAAACAAUUUCGUUAGCGAAGUCUGAAACUAGUUGUGCGAGGGUCUGGGACUUGGAAAAUUUUAAAGAUAAUGGAAGUCCAAUCACUUGCCGAGAAUGAUGAACAAGGAUUUUCACCCCCCAGUUUCAGGCUCAGUUCGUUUCAGAUUACUUGUGUGUAAUUGUUUUCUAAGGUUUAUCUCUGAUUUAUUUUAAAAUAAGUACUAGAUGUGAGAACGUCCAAUUAUAAGAUAAGCUCAGGUUUGGAAGCCAUUGAAAUAUUCCAUGUGUAUGAACAAAACCACUAAUUAGGCGAGAGGGGAAGUUUUUUAAUCCUUGCAUGUUUUGUGCGGAAAGGUUCAAAUUGAUUAUAAUGCAAAUAGGUUAGAAUAAAGGAAUUAAAAGUGUUAUCUUUUCUAUGUAACACACUUCAAUUUUAAAAUUAUUUAAAGGUAAAGAUACUAAAUGUUAUAAUUUUUUUAUACUACAUCGAUACUUGAUUAUUGUAAAUAGGUGUACAUUGUGUAUUGCACUUACCGUUAUUAUAUUUAUUUCUCUUUUUAUCUGAUACCAUGUCAUUUCCUUACACGUUUUUAGUCUUUGUUUUAAAAAAAACUGAGUUCAACUUAAGAAAUUCAUAAGUGUGUUGUGUACUCAUAGAAGUUGUUUCGAUGUCUGUCUUUCAGGAUUAAUGCAGACCAAAAUGAUCUACCAUGGAAAUUCCAUGUAAAUCACUACCCCUCUUUCCUUUUCUUCCCAGCUCACAGGUAUACCAAAUUUUCCUUGAUAUGCCGCCAAUAUCAAUAUACAUCCAAAUUGAUAGAAGAUACAUGUAACUAAGACGCGCAAGCAUACGAAUUUAAUACUAGAACUAACAGCAUCUCUUGAAGAAUUUGUUAUUGUAACUAAAAGAUUGGUUUUAAUGGCAGUCAAAAACUUCUUGUAAGCAAACUAGAUUACAGCAAAUUAGCCUCUAGUAAACUUGACUGAUGAAGUUCCAGUCUAAGAAAAAUCCUAGCUUUGGAGUAUACAGUGUACCUCUUUGCCAUUGGUACGUACUUCACUGGCCCUUUUGUAUGGAGCCUGGGUUCCCAAAUGGUUAACUUAAAUUUCAUCCUUUUUAUUUGUAUUCUCCUCGCCCUCAAUACUUGAACCACACUAUUCUCGUCUGCUACAUAUCUCCUUUAUUUAAGUCUGUGACAAAAUAGCCACUGAAAAUAGACUUCUUUUCUCGCAUUUUUUCCAUCCUGCACCUCAUUACUUUUCACGCUAAACCAUAUGGCUAUUGCCAUUUCUGUUUUUUUUUCUCAAUAGGAAAGACUUGUCCAUUCGUUUCCCAGACUCAUUGGAACGAACGUCAGCAAAUAUAAUUAAUUUUAUAUUGAAUCAUGGAUUAAAGGAGAGAAGUGGAGCUGAGAAAGCAUGUUUCUCUGAAAAAGUAAGAAGUGAAAUCAGAGAACUUGAAAAAUCACUUUGCCAAGUAGAGAAGGAUAAACAAUUACUCGAAAUCAGACUUGGGGAAGCACUUCGAACAAGAGAACUUAGAGGCAAUGCACAAGACAGAGUCGCCACGCACCUGGAACAAGAGUAUCAGGGAAUGGAAGAAAAGGUCCAUAAACUGGUGAAAGGAAGCAAAAAAGUUUUAUAUGAUCUUUGGGCCGCUGAAACUAAACUGAAUGAAAAGGGAAAGCAAUUAAGUGGACUGUCAUUUGACAAAAGGCAUUAUGAGGCAGAGAAUGAGAAGUUGUCUGAAAAAAAUAACAAGGAGAACGUUGCGCUACUUGAACAAAGUAAAGUGUUAGGAGAGCUUCAGAAAUCUUUAACAGCACUGAGAAGAAGAGCAACAUACCUAGAAAUUUCUAAUAACAUUCUUCGAAAUAAAUUUAGAAAGUCGUUCUCAGAAGCUCGCUACCCAAAUUAUUAGAAGCUGAAAUCAUGAGAGGGGUGAUCGACCUUGAGUGACUUAAAAGAAUGCUCAGUCACAUAGUUUUAAGUUCAUCAAUGUCAUGUUUACAUUUACGUACAUCAAUAUCAUGUUUACAUGCUGAAGCUGAGCCACAAGUUUUCAAAAAAGUUAGUGCAUUUUUCAGAGUAGAGAGUGAAAUGCCCUGUUGGCGCCAUAUUUUGAUAACCCAGUGGUUCUAUUUUGAAUUUAUUUAUGUAAUGCUGAUAUGAUUAUUUUGGCAUAACCCUGUUACUCCAAGGGUAUUAACAUGGUAGAAUUCCAAAAUAGCUGAUGGAGAUGUCUGAUGUUGUUUUGUUUUGGAAGAGUUUCAGGUUGCUUUCUUACUUUAUUAGUGAUCAGUUUGUUGCGACCCAGUACUAAAACUCCACUUUGCAUAGUUUAUUCACAUGGGUAUAAAUUGUUUUGAAACCGUGAGAAGGGUGAUCGACCUUGAGUGACUUAAAAAAAAGGAAAAUGCUCAGUCACAUAGUUUUCAGUCUUUCAUGAUGCGAAGAAGAGCUUAAAUGAGCCAUUAUUUUAUAGUUUACUCCUGAUGAAGUAAAACUAAAACCCAUGAGAGGUUUCCAGGCUGAUAUAUUAAAUUGACAUGCCUGUGAUAGGCUUGCGGGCAUGUUAGGACUUAUUAG